AUGGAAAUGCUACUCUUUGGUGUCUGGGCCCUGCUGGCUUUGAUCUCUUUCCCAGGGGCCACCGAAGGGCUAUUUGAGGUCUCUGUUUGGCCAGACCAGGCGCUGGUAAAGUUUGGAGAAUCCCUAGUGGUCAACUGCAGCACUAACUGUCCAGACCCAGGACCCAGCGGAAUCGAGACCUUCUUCAAGAAAAGCCAGGUGGGCAGAGGGCCUCAGUGGAAGGAGUUUCUCCUGGAAGACGUGACCAGGAAUUCCAUUCUGCAGUGCUUCUUCUCUUGCGCAGGGAUCCAGAAGGACAGAAGCCUGGGCAUCACUGUGUAUCAGCCACCGGAGCAGGUGAUCCUGGAGUUGCUGCCUGCGUGGGUGGCCUUGGACGAAGUCUUUACAGUGAAGUGCCAUGUGCCCAGGGUAGCACCCCUGGAGAACCUCACCCUGACCCUUCUCCAGGGUAACCAAGAACUACAUAGAAAGACCUUUAUGAGUUUGGCUGUGGCCUCCCAGAGAGCUGAGGUCACCAUCAUUGCCAAAGCACAAAGGGAGGACCACAGGUGCAAUUUCUCCUGCCAUGCAGAACUGGACCUGAGGUCACAUGGUGGUGGGCUCUUUCACUCCAGCUCAGCCAGCAAGCUGCUCCAGAUUUUUGAAUUUUCUCAGCGUCCCCAAAUCUGGGUCUCCCCACUUAUGGAGGUUGAGACAGCAGAGACUGUGAGCUGUGGGAUGGCGAGAGUGUUCCCAGCCAAAGAGUUAAUGUUCCAGAUCUUCUUGGGGGACCAGGAGCUGAGCCCCUUCCUCUCCUGGGAGGGAGACACCGCAUGGGCCAAUGCCACUGUUCGGGCCAUGGAGACUGGUGAUCAGGAGCUGUCCUGCCUUGUAUCUCUGGGUCCGAUGGAACAGAAAACAAGAGAGCUAGUGCAUGUCUAUAGCUUCCCUCCACCCGUCCUGGAGAUAGAAGAACUAUACCCCCGGGCAGGGACAGAUAUUAACGUGACCUGUGCAGGGCAUGUGUUAACAUCACCCAGCCCUACUCUUCGACUACAGGGAGCCCCCGACCUCCCUGCCCCUGGGGAGCCUGCCUGGCUUUUACUUACCGCCAGGGAGGAAGAUGAUGGCCGAAAUUUCUCCUGUGAGGCCUCUUUGGAGGUUCAGGGUCAACGGUUGAUCAAAACCACCACAGCCCAGCUCCAUGUCUUAUACAAGCCUCGGUUAGAGGAAUCUGGUUGCCCUGGCAACCAAACAUGGCUGGAAGGCAUGGAACAGAAGCUUGCCUGUGUCCCAAAGGGAAACCCAACUCCAUCGUUGGUAUGUACCUGGAAUGGAGUGAUCUUCAACUUUCAAAUGCCACAGAAGGCAACCCAGAACCACACUGGAACCUACUGCUGCACGGCCACUAACCAGCUGGGCUCUGUCAGCAAAGACAUUGCUCUCAUUGUUCAAGAACUGAAUGAAGACAUCAGCUCCAUCGUCAUCAUUCUUAUUGCCGCCCUUGGAAUAGGCGUAUUCAGCAUUGCACUGUAUUUUAACUAUCUGCCCUGCAACAUAGAGAGGAGGAAAUCGCCCUAUAGGCAGACAGAGAAGAACAAAGAGGAAAGCCAGUUUGCUGUUCAAGCAGAGACAUGCAACGCACAUGACUGUUAAGCAGAACAGCUGUUGGUUGAAGGUGACCUCUAUUACUGGGUUUUCUAAGGGAGGAAAGGGGGUAGAGGAGAAAGGAAGAGACACCCUCUGUGUUAGGCAGUCCCAUAAAGCAUGCUGUGGGCCCCAUGCCCCUUGUAUCCAUCCAUUCACAAGCUGCACUCUCCAACUUCACUGUAGUCACUAGGAAUUUCAGUCUGUGUUCAGCCAGAGAGGACCCUCGAUCCUUGCUGUAUGCCUCACCA